GUGGAUUAUGAACUUCGUACUUUUCGUAGAAAUAUGUUAAGAUUCCAUCCACGUCAUAUAAUAUUGCUUGUAUAUGACGGGUGCUUCGUUUUUGUCAUCAUCGGAAGCAGCAUAGUUUUCCCAACUUUUCAUGGAUUCGUUUAAAUCAUGUUUAACAAUACUUCAUGAAGAUUACUUUAAGAUUUAUGAGAGUGAUGGCAGAUUUUAUUAAUCUGACGUAGCUGUGAUAUAUGCUAGAAAAACCGGAAUUCAUCAUUGCAUAAACUUUAGAAACCUUUAAUAAUGUUGAUGCCUUUUAAAGUAAUAUCAGCUUUCAGUACAUUAAGAAAUUUUCUUUAAAUAUGUACGACGAAUUUUACGUGUAGAAAAAUGAAACUGAAACAGCGAUUGGUCGUAAGUCUGAUGGCAACUGGAUUGAUUUCCAUUUUUAUGAUCUGUUUAUUUUCUUACGUCUAUACAUCUAACAAAUUAGUUGAUUUGGACACCUCGACUCCACGCACAUCUGUUAAAACCUACACACCUCUCAAACGAGCAAUAUUUGAAGAACUCCAGAAAAUGAAGCCUGAGUUACGCAAGCUAAAAAAAUCUCGAAAACAUAAGAAAAAACGCAAAUCAUUUAUACAAAAGGAAAUAGUUACGGAUAGCAAUCGAGCAGCAGAAGUGGACCUUGGUGAAAAGGAAAAUGUAGAUUUAUUGAAAAGAGAUUUAAUAUCCAGGCAGACAAAUGUUCAUAAGGAGAUAACGGUAUUACGCGAUAAUGAGCAUGAUCUCAGAAGAGGAAACAUGGAAGAUUGCACCAAAUUGGAAAAAAAUUCUGAAAACGAUGAACGAGAAAAAUUUCCAGAUCUGAUGAAGCAUUUAACAGAUAUGUCAGAAAAGUAUGACAGCUUACUUUCAAGAAAUGAUUUACCAUUAACCAUAGGAGAAAUUUAUGGAAUUGAUGUGAGGGAGAACUUAACAUAUCUGGACCAAUUUCACUUAGGGAUUAGCGAUAUUGAUCUAUACAGAGAAGACGAUCCUAUAGUGGAUGUUGUUUUGAAGAGUAUGGCUACUCUGCCUAUCGUCCACGUUGAUGAAAAGGAAGGAGGAACACAACUUAAAUUGCUGAUCACUUACUCGGAUGGAAGUCAAGCCAUGUUUAAGCCCAUGAGAUUUGAUCGUGAGAAAGAGACUGAACCCAAUCAUUUUUAUUUCGUGGAUUAUGAACGGCAUGUAAGUGAAAUUGCUGCCUUCCACCUGGACAGCAUUCUAGGUUUCAGAAGGUGUCCACCAGUGGUUGGAAGAAAACUCAAUAUAACGACAGAAAUUUAUGCAGUUGCAGAUGAUGAACUGAUUAAAACCUUCUUCAUAUCCCCUGCACAGAACAUUUGUUUUCAUGGACACUGCAGUUAUUACUGUAGUACAGGCCACGCCAUCUGCGGACGUCCUGACACACUAGAGGGCAGUUUCGCAGCAUUUUUGCCUCCCGACAAAUUAAGUGGCAGAAGGUCGUGGAAGAACCCUUGGAAAAGAUCAUAUCACAAACGUCGAAAAGCUGAGUGGGAGAAAAGAAAUGAUUAUUGCGAAGACGUUCGUGAAAACCCUCUGUACAGGAAUACUAAGCGUCUUGCCGAUCUUAUUGAUACCUCAAUCUUGGACUUUUUUAUAGGAAAUAUGGAUCGCCAUCAUUAUGAGACAUUCAAGAUUUUUGGAAAUGACAGCUAUAUUUUGCAUCUAGACCACGGGAGAGGAUUUGGGAAGUCUAAUCAUGACGAAAUAUCCAUUUUAGCUCCUCUGUAUCAGUGUUGCUUCAUUCAUUUUUCGACAUUCAGCCGCUUACUGGAAAUUCAUCAUGGACCAGCAAAGUUGUCUACACUAAUGAGAUGUUCACUAUACAAGGAUCCUUUGAACCCUAUUCUUCUUGAAAAGCACCUUCGAGCUUUAGACCGAAGGCUCGAAAUAAUUCUCAAAGUUUUAAGAGAAUGUUUCCAGAAUAAUACACCAGAAGAAAUAUUUUACAGUGAAACUGUAGAAGUUUCAGUUGGCCUUUAAGUGGGGAAAUAUAUGAAUGAAAAUAACCUUUUGAUUAAAAUAAUGAAUACUUGACUUAUUUUGUCACAGCUAUUAUGUGUCUAAAAAAAGAUCAAAAUCAUGUUCAUCUGUAAAUUAUUCUGAAGUAUUCAGGUAUUUCUGAACAAUUUCUGAGCAGUUCCACGUUCCCAUCUUUCAACAAGUACAAAUUAAUAAUAAAUCAUUGUUGUUAUUAUCAUAAGCCAGUGGCAUCAGUGUAUGUAUGAACUUCCAAAGGCCUAGUAACGAAAGGCAGAAAAUUCAGAUGUAUUCAUUCAUCUCAACUGUUAAUUUUUUAAAGUAUAUAUAACUAUUAAUAAAAUGAAACAAAGUUUUUAGGAAAA